AUGUAUGCAAAAUGCAGUGACCUUGCAUCUGCUAGAAGGAUAUUUGAUUUGAUUAUCAAAAAGAGUAUUUUCUCAUGGACAUCAAUGAUUGCAGGAUAUGCCCAUUCGGAUCACCCAUUGGAGGCAUUGCAUUUGUUUAGAAGGCUUGUACGGACAGAUUUUAGACCAGAUGGACCAACGGUUGCUACUGUUAUAUCAGCUUGUGCUGAUAUAGGAUCAAUUAGCAUAGCACAAGAGAUGGAAGAUUAUAUUUCUCUAAAUGGAUUGGAAUUCGAUCUACAAGUCCAAACAUCUCUCAUACACUUGUACUCCAAGUGUGGAAGCAUCAAGAAAGCCCAAGAAGUAUUUGAAAAAGUGGCAGAUAAAGAUUUAACUGUUUGGUCUUCCAUGAUAAAUAGCUAUGCUAUUCAUGGGAUGGGGAAAGAAGCGAUUGACCUAUUUCGUAAAAUGACAACUACAGAAGGGAUAAUUCCAGAUGCUAUUGUUUACACCAGUGUUUUGCUGGCUUGUAGCCAUGCAGGGUUAGUAGAAGAUGGAUUGAAGUACUUCAUAAGUAUGCAAAAAGAUUUUGGAAUAACUCCUAAGAUAGAACAUUGCACUUGCUUGGUAGAUCUUCUUGGUCGAGUUGGCCGGCUUGACUUAGCAUUAGAUACGAUUCAGGGGAUGCCCUUGGAAGCACAAGUGCAAGCUUGGGCUCCCUUGCUCAGUGCUUGUAGGAUCCAUGGUAAUGUUGAGCUUGGGGAGAUUGCUGCUGUCAAGUUACUAGAGCUUAGUCCUGGAAGCUCUGGAAAUUAUGUUGAGAUCGGUUUUAGAUUUCAUACAUUUGCAGCAGGAAAUCCGUCACGUGUUCAGUUGGCCAAUAUCUAUAAGAUGCUAGAAGAUCUAAAUUUUACUCUUCAAGAAGGUAGCUAUGCAGGACAAGCUGAUUUGUCUCUGUCUCCUAGCACAGAUGUUAUUUCAUUUUCUCCAAAUGAAGAGACCAAGGAAGCACUGAUAAUAGUACGAGACUUCACCAUCAAUAAUAAUNCCAGCUUAGAUUAUCUCUCCAGUUUGUCUGCUAAUGAUGGUUUAUCAGGAGCAAUGAGAGCAUUGAUAUCUGAAACUUCAACUGUGUUUGCACAUUGUAGUAGUAGCUACAUUGAAGCAAAUAUGAAAAUUGAGUCCACUGCUUCAGAACUGUCGAGAGCUGAUAACUUAAAAUCUGACCUUGAAAAUAACAAGAAUCAGUUCAAUGAUAUGGUGGCGUCAGAAAAAGAGCUGCAGCAAAAGUUGGCACGUUUGGAGGAAAUGAAAAAGGAGCUAGAAAAGCAAAUCAGAACUACUAAUGCCAACAUCAUGAGACAGGUUAGUGCUUUCAUUCUUUCAUACCAUCCUAAUUAUCGGAGCUUACCAAUGUCUGGCAUAGUUGAUUUCAUCAAUGGAAUGGAAGGGACUGUUUG